AUGCGCGUCGACAACCUCCUCGUCACCUCCUUAGGAGCCCUGACCUCAGCACUAAGCACCCGCCCCAAGGCUGUUGUAUACCGUGGUCCUGCAUCAUCCCCAGGCUGUCCCGAAGCUAUCGGCGCACUUCUUGAGUCUUCUCCUUCUCACUUCAAAGUCAUAUACGCUGGUCCGGAGGAAGCUGUUGACGUUACAGACGAGACACUCAAAGACGCGACUAUCUACGCUCACGGCGGUGGACCGAAUUGGGAAAAGGCAUAUCGUCAAACAAAAAAGUAUGAAAGCUUUAUCCAGAAUUUUGUUAGAAAUGGAGGUCAUUACAUGGGAUUUUGUCUCGGCGCCUAUCUCGCCGGGCCAAACGAUGGUUAUAAUCUGCUUCCUCAUGGCUUGAGAACGGACCAAGAGAUCAAAAGGCGGGGAGCUCAAGUGAAUGACGAGGAUGAUACAGUUAUUCAGGUCGACUGGGCUUUCUCAUCUGGAAAAACUGACAAGAAGCGUUGGCUUUACUUCCAGGAUGGUGUUGUCAUCAAGGGCUUUGGUGUAAAGACUCCCGGGCAGGUUCUCGGAAGAUAUUCUUCUAACGGCGACGUUGCCGCGUCAGUUACGCCUUUUGGGAAGGGAUGGGUUGGACUUGUCGGGCCGCACCCGGAGGCUGAUGAGACUUGGUAUGAGGAUGAAGAGAUUGAGAACCCAGAAGGUGUCAGAUUUGAUAUUGGACAUGACUUCGUUGAAGCGACUAUAAAUGGUGGAAAAACUUGGUGA